GGAAUUUAUUCAACAGCUGCGCGUUUCAAGACUAAGGUUGUAAGUAACGAUUUUUAGAAACAGUAUAGUGUUAUUAUUUAAUUUAUGAAGUUGAUUCAAGUAUUUCUCUCAGAGACAAAUCUAUAAAGAGUAGCUUACUAAUUAAUAUUUAUAAAGUUUAGAAGAGAUUGAAGGAUUUUCAUUAUAUUGGUUUUCUUGAUCAAUUCGAAUUGGUUGAAAUCCUCUACAAUUUAUUUGCAACUGCAAAGCUCUUUUGUAGCCAAAAAUAUAUUAAUUAUAAUUUCUUUAAAAAAAUCAACUUCAAAGAGACUGGUGAUUUUAUAACUUCGAAUUAUAUCCAGAAAGACAACUUUCCUUUUGCUAGAUCUCAUUGCAGUGGAAAAGUUUUUUUCUAAAUCAUGUCUUUACCGAAACAAACAAGAAAAGACAGCAAAGAGGUUGACGAUUUUGACAUUUCAAUUUUGAAAACCCUCCCUCGUCAACUUAUAGGAGAAGCUGUCAGCUACAUAAAAAAUAAGAAACACCUAGAAGAGUUGGAGGCAAUAAGGAAAAAAAAGGAAGAAGAAGAAAAACUUUCAAAAGUGAAAUGUAUUCCGCCUUGGGCAAAGACUUUGGCUGGAGAAAGAAAACCGGAUGAGAGGAAAGAUGUAGCGACACAGUAUGAAGUUUAUUGCGAAGGUAGGGAAGGGGAAAGAGGAAAAGAAGAAAGUGGCAAAAAUGAAGAUUUCCCUGAUUCAGAUAUUGGUGAAGGGGAAUUCGACAAAGAAAUGAGAGAAUGGUCAGAGGAGGAGGGAGAAUUGAGGGGAAUGGAAGGAGAUGAAAUGGGAGAAGAAGGAAGUUUUGAUUUAGUAUAUGAGAAUGGAGAAAUUGUUGGUAGAACUCGAAAGGUAAAAGGAUACAAUGAAGCGCUUGGAAAAGGAGAUGGUUCUGGUGAAGAUAUACAUGGCAAAAUUGGAUCAAAAGAGGAAGGAAUUGAUGGUGAAGAAGAUAAAGAUCUAGUUAAAACAAAGUCAAAAUCUGGUAGUAAGGAUGGAUCAAAAAGUGGCCUCACAGAUGAUGACGAGGAUCAUAGAAAAGCAUCGGUAUCUUUCAGCAAAGAUGGAGAAGGAAUUGAUGACGAACACAGAAAGAAGAAAUUUGGAGAAGAGGAAGAUGAUCAUGAUGGAGAAUCGCUUCUUUCACAAGAAAGAGCAAAAGAUUUGUCAGAAAGUGACUAUGAGAAAGCCCAUACUGAAUAUUCAUCGGAUAGUUUGAAAGCUGGUGGAAUUUCAUCAGAAUUCACAGAAGGAGGAGAAGCUGGAGGAUCUAUAGAGCUGCAAGGCAAAGGCGAAGGUGAAAUGGAGGCUGCUGGUGAACAAGAUGAAGUGGAAGACACAACUGAAAAAACUGUUGAAGAACGAAUGGGAAACGACAGCAGAUAUCUGCAAAAACACUUUGGUAACUAUCUGGUGAAAUCUCUAGCAGAAAUUGCUUGGAAGAGACCGGCUGAUCCCAUACAUUACCUUGCCCAUCGGCUGUAUCACUUCCGCCACAUUGAAGAGAUGACGGUGAAGAAUAGUUGUGAAGAGAAGCAAAUUCAGGAAGCAAGAAAGCUAUAUGCUAUGGAGAUGAAAGAACAGAUUGAUGAUGUUGAAGAGACUGAAAACGUAGCUGAAGAUGAAGAGCUUGAAGAAGCUGAGAUUGUGACUGAAAAUGUUCAAGAAUUUGAAGAUGUUUUCGAUUCUACAUCUGGCGAUGAUAUAUCUCAAAUAAUGUUAAAUGUGGAGCCUGAGGAAAGGCUUUCUCCAGCUGAGUUGGGAUUUUAAGAAGUGAUAUUGGUUUUCAAUGCGAUCAUGUUUUUAAUAGCCAGUUCGAAUGUCCAUCAAAAUUCACACACUUUAAAGCUGGAUUUGCAUACAACUAGAAAAUAUAAUUCCCACAAAUUCUAAUAAUUGAACUCGUAUUAAUUGAAUUCCUAUUCAGCCCGGCCGAGCGAGUGUGAAUAAUCCCAUUAGAGCUCAAGGGAAUUAUAUUUUCACUGGUCACUUUCACUGUUGUGUGCGAAUUCGGCUUUAUGAUACAACCGAGGUUUGCUAAAAUAAAAACAGUAAUUUGUUGGGAGAUGAACAGAUACAGUUUGUAGAGCUCAAAAAAUUAAUAAAUAAUCAAAUUGAAACAGUCAUGGAACAUUUUACCAAUAAGGAGCAUAUUCUAGAGUGAGCUCCUUCAGGGGUCCCCUCCUAUACCAGAGAUUUUUUCCGCUCGUUAACAGAAUGCAUGACUCUUAUGGGACGCGGCUAUUCCGUUCACAUUAUAGUGUUUCCCAUAAGAGACAAUACAUCCUUUUGACGAGCGAAAAAAUUUAAAAAAUCCGCUCGUGUAGUAGUAGGCGCCUAAGUGCCGGUUGCACAAAAGCCGGUUAAAUUUUAAUCGUUUUUAAUUCCACGAGAACCAAUCGGAGAAGCCGUCUUUUCAAAAAAGCUUUCUCUGAUUGUUUCUCGUAAAUUAAUCACGGUUCAAAUUAAACCAGCUUUUGUGCAACCGGGCCAAAGUCUUUCUUUGAGUCAAGUUUUUGGAAAAUGCAUGGAACUCAGCCAAUUUUUUGUCAACUUUUUAGUCUAGUGAGAUUUAAACUAAUAUUGUUGAUGUUGAAUUCCCUUCAAACUCACUUUGAAUUGAAUGGUUUCAUAUAAAUAUGAAGUACAAAAUAAUAAUGAUUUUUUACGAUUUAUUUCAAAAUAUAUUCAAGCAAUUACACUGAGAUUUUAUAAGUUCAAUAUUUCGAUAUUUUUUCCAGAUUGAUCUACGAAACUGAUUUUUGUAAAAAUUUAUAAAAUUUCUUUUGAUAAGGUUUCACUGUGAUGCAUAUCCUCGGAAAAAGCUUCUUUAAUAUUGUUUUGUAAUACAUGAAGCAAAGUUACAGUAUAACACGCUAUUUUAAUAUAGAACCAAUUCAUAAUCUUCUACAGAGUCUAAAUUCUAUUUCAUCACCGAAUCUAAUUUUUAGUUAAGUAAUGGUGAUGGAGUAGCAGUAGCCCAAACAAACUCCAGCGUUGUUAUUAAUGUUAUGGAUACAAUGUUUAUCCUCAACAAUAGCUAUCGAAUAAUUCUUUCACAACCUUCUGUGAUUUAAUAAAAAAUAAUUCGACAUACAAAGCAUUAACAUAUGAAAAACAAUGAUAUGAUAGUUUUUGACUGGAACACAACUUAAAUAACUAAUUACAUUUUAAGAGUGGAAGAAGCAUAAUGAAAUUGAGUACAAUUUGCAGAAAUUAACUCUAACAUAAUUUAUUGUCUAGAAUUAUUUGAACAUACAUUAAAAGAUUAUAAUAUCAUAAUAUGUCAUGUUUCUAUGUGUGAGAAAACGCUGUUUUGAUCAUUACACAAAAAGGAUGAAAGUAUCAUUUACAAUGUUGGAUAUGUAAUGAAAGUAGUACUAUUCGUUCUAAUUCCAAAUAUUACAGAAUCGAAGGAUCGUGAAUGGUAGUGGAUAAUUAUCACCAGUUAAUAUGAAUUUGAUUGAAUGUUUAAUUAAUUACGAACCUGCUAUAUUAUAUAGCAAUUAUACGAGUAAUGAGAGCUUAUAAUGAGUUAAAAAUGGUCAUUGAGCUUGAAUUUAACAAUAAUUGAUUCUAUCCACGAUAUUUUUAGCGGCAUGAAAUUGAUAAAACCUCUGAAGUCUCAAACGGCUUGCCACUUUCCACCAUAGUCAAGACAUAAAUGAAAUUUUUACUCGUACCAUCUUAGAUUAAAAUGAAUACUUAUGAUAUGAAGUAGCCUACAGUAGUAGGAUCUAUGAUUUUACAUUCAUAUGCCACAUCACACUAGUAAAAGGUCUACUGACAUUUUCUAUAUCGCUCAAGCAGUUCGUAUUAUAAAAAAGAAAAUCAAUACAAAAAUAAUCCUUGAGAGUUACAAAAAUAAAAAUAACAAUGUACAGUAACAAAACAAAAAUUAAAUUCCUCUUAUCUCUUUUUUUUAUUGAACAAGAAAUAGCUGAGAAUUGGUUGGAGAGAGCAGCGAAGCUCAUCUGAAUUGUGUAUCCUUUAUUAUUUGAAAAUUAUUACAGUAUUAUUCAAAAACACAGACUACCUUCAACUACUUACAAUAAACAACUAGAAAAAAUCGACAAUGAUCAGCUACUUGUCCAAUCACAUAGCAAUUAAAAGACAUGACAUGACUGUCCAAGGCCUUUGUUUACAAAACAGGAGACACUGCGUCUUGAAACCGGAAAAGAGACAAAAUUUAAUACCAGAAAAUAUAAUAUAGUAGAAGUAUUUCAACCUUAUUUCACGUUGUAGGUCCCUUGUUUUUUUAUUCCCUAUUCAUUUCAUUUACCGAAAACUCAUCAGUUAUUUUCCCUCCAUUUAAGACAAACUGUAGAACAAACUGGUUUUCUUAAACCAAAAUUAUAAUAAUAUGAAAACUUGACUAACCAGAAAAAAUUAAAAGUUUUCUAUUUUUGUUCGCCCUUUCGUUUUUUAGGUGCAUUGUAAUGCAUCUA